GUUGGAUCGAGCCUUUGGUAGACCAGUCAGAUCUCCAGAAGUCACAGUCCUGUGCGACAGCUCUGAUGAUGAACAAGAUUUCAGGGCUAAGAAAACAGACGAGUCGAGUCAAAUAAUGCCUGACAGUGGCAGUGUGCGUACAGAAGAUGCUUUAAUUGCAAGCAGAUCGUAUGAAUCUGGUAAACAUAAGGAGGGGAAAAGCUCAUCAUAUAAUUUUGACGGCAAAGCUCAGGAAACUUUGGCCGACACCCACCUUGACCUGGAUAGGAAAAUGUCCCGUUUCCCAGGCAACUACGGGCCAGUUAUUGAACUGCAGGUCUUGGAAGGGAGUUUAUAUGUGGCCUACUCCAGUUUUGGUGUUCAGAUCUUUAGCCUGCUUGACACCAGCUCUGUAAGUUGACAUGUUUUCACAUUUUGUCCAAUAAUUGUUUUGUUUUUGUUAUUGCAAAUAUUCAAUUGUUCAAAAACAAGGCUACAGUCUUGACCAAAAAAUGUUAACUUGAUAUAAUAAAAAUCCCUAAUAAAGCUCUAACCUUAUUGGUUUUUCAUAGCUAAAUAAUCUUAAUUUCUGUUAGGAGUAAUAAAAUUCUGUUUGACCAGUACGAUAAAAUUAUUUUGUGGAAAAGUGUGUCAAAGGGUUUAUAUUUAGAUGUGCCUGUUAGUAGGUCAGUGGUGUCAAGUCAGGGAAGUGUGUUACAUUGCCUGUUCUCACAAAACAAGUAGUCUUUGUUGGUCAUAGUUUGAAUGUUAUUCUGGCCAUAUGAAUUUUGGGUACUGUCUGAGCAAUGUCUGGCUACUGUCUGGGCAAUGUCUGGCUACUGUCUGGGCAAUGUCUGGUACUGUCUGGGCAAUGUCUGCGUUCUGUCUAGGCAAUGUCUGGCUACUGUGGCUAGCUGACCUGCAGUACCAGUUACUGUUUGUUUAUAUAUAUUUUUAUUUGUUUAUCCCAUCAGCUGACCAAAAUGAUAUUUUAAGAACAGUUUUAAGUGAUUUUAAAAUACGACAAAUGCCUUUCAGGAAGCCAUGGCUCGUUAUUCAUCCAGCUGUCUGCAUUGUAUGACUGUGGCCAAGCUGAAAGGUUGUACAACUCUUGUGACAGGUCUGGGAGGGAAGCUUUCAUUCUGUGAUACAGUAAGUUACAACACAAAUAGCAGGUUUACAUUAGUGAUACACUUCAAAAAUCAGAGAAUAAAAGGGUUUUUAUGACAUCAGGGGAGAAGGUUGACUGAAGUCGUGUUAGAUUACAUUAGGAGUGAAGGUUGACUGAAGUCGUGUUAGAUUACAUUAGGAGCGAAGGUUGACUGAAGAGGUCUUGACGUUCUGGGAGAUCACCUGUGUCUCCUACCCCAAAUAAUUGAUAUCCUGGGAGAUCACCCACAUCUCCUACCCUAAAUAAUAGAUGUCCUGAAUAUUCUGGGAGAUCACCCACAUCUCCUACCCUAAAUAAUGGAUGUCCUGGAUAUCCUGGGAGAUCACCCACAUCUCCUACACUAAAUAAUGGAUGUCUUGGGUGUUCUGGGAGAUCAAUCAUGUCUCCUACCUCCAACGUCAUCUCUUCCUCAUGAUUGCCCUCAACAAAAAACAAAAAUACAUGACAUUUAAAGCAUUUUAAACACCUGAUAAAUCCAGAGGGUUUGAUGAAGCCAUUAUUGGAGAGUUCUAAAUAUCAACCACACAAUAUUUGUUCCUGAUUACUCAAAGAGUCCUAGGAGUGUCAAAUAAGCACAAAAAAAAAAAAAAAAAAAAAAAAAGCAAAAAAUAACAAAAGAAGCUUUUUAAUUGAAAUCUGAAUAACUUUCUUUCCCAAAUAAAAUCUUAUAAGCAUUUGAACAAGUUUUAACAUCUUGGAUAUACAAGACAGAGGAGAAUCAGUGAUAAGUCAGCUCAGGAUCUUGAAAUUAUAUAGACUGAAAGGAGUCAUAAACUAAGUUAUAUUAAAUAAAGAAUAAUUCAAGGUACAAAGUUUGAGUCAAAAGUAAGCUUAAUGAAGUUUCUUUCCAAAUUCAUUGCCAAUAAAAAGUUUCAAAAUAUCAUAUAAUAUUUGAUCUACACUUCUUUUACUAUACCUGUUUUUACAGCAAAAACAGCCAAGGGAACUUGAUCAAGUCAGCUUUGACAUGGGCACACCUGUUAAAUGUCUGCUGAUGCUGGAACAUAUUAUUUAUGUAGGUCUGGCAACUGGAGAGAUCAGUGUGUUUGAUACAAAGGUAAUGUGGUGGAAGCAAUCUAAAGGCAUCCUUCUAAGACAUUGACUCAAUCUUUUUUUAUCUUAUGACACAUUCAAACUAUUUGCCAAAUACCUGGAACAUUUGUUAAUGGAAGUAUACACAAAAAUAACGGCUUUUUCUGUGCGCUGCAGCCUCCAUAGGCUGUAGUGAUUAAAUAGAUUAUGUCCCAUCUUUGUGGCCAUCAUUUCUUUGUAAAACUUUCCUCCCCAAUCUACUAUAUUUUUAGUUCUUUUUAUUAAAAUCUUAUGGUACACCUGUGAACCUUUGAUGACAAACUAGUGUGCCGCUACACAACUGAUCAAAACCCCUGUAGAAAAUGACAUGAACUUCUGCCCUGAAGGCAAAGAAUGCUCAAAAGUUGAUGUACAAAUAAAUAUCCCUUAUUCAAAAUAUUUAUACAUGUAUAUUAAAAAAAAAUGUUUAGAUGUUUUAUUUACACUCUUACUUUAGAAAAUGACAGACUGAUCUUUUUAUCUGUUGUGACCAUCCCAACCACAGAAAAAUGACAGAGACUGAUUGUUUUAUCUGUUGUGACCAUCCCAACCACAGAAAAAUGACAGAGACUGAUCGUUUUAUCUGUUGUGACCAUCCCAUCCACAGAAAAUGACAGAGACUGAUCGUUUUAUCUGUUGUGACCAUCCCAUCCACUGCCUGGCACCAGCACAAGAGGGCUCAUCAAAACUGCUGUGUGUUUCUUCUCAAGACGGAACCAUUCUCAUUGUCAAUGCUCACACUUCUCUGCCAUUGAGGAUCCUCACAGGACACACAAAGACAUCAUUUUCCUUGCAGGUUCGUUGACGCUUAAUACCACAGACAGAGAUUCAAGUUAGCUUACAGUCAGCAUUUGACCCAAUCUGAGUACAUGGAAAAUGGGAUGUCUGUAUUGUUUCUAUGGCUAGGUUGAUGUUUAUGUCUGUAUUGUUUCUAUGGCUAGGUUGAUGGUUAUGUCUGUAUUGUUUCUUUGGCUAGGUUGAUGGUUAUGUCUAUAUUGUUUCUAUGGCUAGGUUGAUGUUUAUGUCUGUAUUGUUUCUAUGGCUAGGUUGAUGUUUAUGUCUAUAUUGUUUCUAUGGCUAGGUUGAUGUUUAUGUCUAUAUUGUUUCUAUGGCUAGGUUGAUGUUUAUGUCUGUAUUGUUUCUAUGGCUAGGUUGAUGUUUAUGUCUAUAUUGUUUCUAUGGCUAGGUUGAUGUUUAUGUCUAUAUUGUUUCUAUGGCUAGGUUGAUAUUUAUGUCUAUAUUGUUUCUAUGGCUAGGUUGAUAUUUAUGUCUAUAUUGUUUCUAUGGCUAGGUUGAUAUUUAUGUCUAUAUUGUUUCUCCUGCUAGGUUGAUGGUCCCUUUGUGUACAGUGGAUCAGGUGACAGUUGUGUCAUCAUUCAUAAUUUACAUGUAAGUCAAAUAAUAACUCAACACAAGUCCAUAAAAUCUGAAUCAGUCUUGUUAAAAUUACUUAUCAAUGCUGUAGUGAAUGAUUAUUUAUCUGAGUAAGAUUUGAUUUUUAUUGUGUUAAAUCAGGGAAUUUGUCAGAAAACUUUUAAAUUAUUAUUAAAAAUUAUGAUUAUUUAAAAAAAAAAAAUAUUCUGAAAAGUGGUAGCACAAGGCUAGAUGGUUCUUCUAGUGGUAGCACAAGGCUAGAUAGUUCUUCUAGUGGUAGCACAAGGCUAGAUGGUUCUUCUAGUGGUAGCACAAGGCUAGAUAGUUCUUCUAGUGGUAGCACAUGGCUAGAUGGUUCUUCUAGUGGUAGCACAUGGCUAGAUAGUUCUUCUAGUGGUAGCACAAGGCUAGAUGGUUCUUCUAGUGGUAGCACAAGGCUAGAUAGUUCUUCUAGUGGUAGCACAUGGCUAGAUGGUUCUUCUAGUGGUAGCACAAGGCUAGAUGGUUCUUCUAGUGGUAGCACAAAGCUAGAUGGUUCUUCUAGUGGUAGCACAUGGCUAGAUAGUUCUUCUAGUGGUAGCACAAGGCUAGAUGGUUCUUCUAGUGGUAGCACAAGGCUAGAUGGUUCUUCUAGUGGUAGCACAUGGCUAGAUAGUUCUUCUAGUGGUAGCACAAGGCUAGAUGGUUCUUCUAGUGGUAGCACAAGGCUAGAUGGUUCUUCUAGUGGUAGCACAAGGCUAGAUGUUUCUUCUAGUGGUAGCACAUGGCUAGAUAGUUCUUCUAGUGGUAGCACAAGGCUAGAUGGUUCUUCUAGUGGUAGCACAUGGCUAGAUGGUUCUUCUAGGGGUAGCACAAGGCUAGAUGGUUCUUCUAGUGGUAGCACAUGGCUAGAUAGUUCUUCUAGUGGUAGCACAUGGCUAGAUGGUUCUUCUAGUGGUAGCACAUGGCUAGAUGGUUCUUCUAGUGGUAGCACAUGGCUAGAUGGUUCCUCAAUCCUAAAACCUUAAAAGUCUGAAAGAAAAAAAAACUUUUGGCCCAAAUUCCAUGUUUCUCUUUCCGAGUCUUUUCUGACAGUGAUAUUAAACUGGAAGAGAUUCGUGACAUGAUUACAUCAGUUACUCCUCGUUGUAAUAAGUUAUGUAUGGCAUCUUUCCGUCUGCGGGAGACGAUAGAUUAUCUUUAUUGCUUGCAGCUCUUGGUGUGGGUGGUGAGACCAAUCCUCGAAUGCCAGUCUCUGUUACAUUUCCCACACACGAAUGCGGUGGAGCAGCAUUUACCGGCCUUCCUCCUCGCUCUUUAAUAAGUUAUAUGAUACACAAAUUCUUAAUGGUAGGAUGAAAAGUCACUGAUUUCAUGAUGCGUUAAUUCGUUUAUUCUGGAGAUCCAUACUUCUGAACUGAAAUACCUUUGUGUUUAAAUCUUUACAUAUAUGAACAUAUUUUUGUAUUUAGACGGGUGUGGUAGAACAUUCCAUCCAUGACAACCAAGGGCUGGUCAAGACUGUGUGUUAUAACAAUGGUUUUCUCUUCACUGGUGGCAUGGACAGGCUGGUCAGAUGCUACGAUACAAAGGUCAGUAGGUCAUUGCCAAAUCAGGCAACACUAGGAAAUUUAUGAAUAUGAACUUCUAUCACAGUUUGUUUGUUUAUUCCAGAUCUUUAAAUAGCAUGGCUCAGUAUUUUAGUUGUGGAUUGCAAUUUAUUGCCUAAUGUUGCAUUGCAGUUAUUCUUAAAAUCUAUGAUAUAGAAACAUAGUGAAAAAGUUUCUCUUCAGGUAGCAAUACUUUAAAAGCAAAAAGGUUUCUUUUAAGGUAACAAUACUUUAUAAGCAAAUAGUUUCUCUUUAGGUAGCAAUACUUUAUAAGCAAGUUAUUCUAGUCUUUAAAUAGUAUUGCAUUUUGUUAUUAAAUUAUUGGAUCUCUUAGCCAAAUUUCUGCUAUUUCUUCGUAGACUCGAAAGCUUGUUCAGGUUUAUUAUGGAGCAGAGCGGGGAGUCAUCACUAAGAUCUUUGUUUACAACAACAUGGUACGUUUCUAGAAACAAGACAUUAUUUAUUACUCAGUGAUUUCGUGCAUUUAACUUUCACUGACUUACUUGUCAAAAUUAAAUACACCCUUAGAAUGACACAGAUGUGUGAUACACCCUUGGAAUGUCACAGAUGUGUGAUACACCCUUAGAAUGACACAUAUUUGUGAUACACCCUUAGAAUGACACAGAUGUGUGAUACACCCUUAGAAUGACACAGAAGUGUGAUACACCCUUAGAAUUACACAGAUGUGUGAUACACCCUUAGAAUGACACAGAAGUGUGAUACAUCCUUAGAAUUACAAAGAUGUGUGAUACACCCUUAGAAUGACACAUAUGUGUGAUACACCCUUAGAAUGACACAGAUGUGUGAUACACCCUUAGAAUUACACAGAUGCGUGAUACACCCUUAGAAUGACACAGAUGUGUGAUACAUCCUUAGAAUGACACAGAUGUGUGAUACACCCUUAGAAUGACACAGAUGUGUGAUACACCCUUAGAAUGACACAGAUGUGUGAUACACCCUUAGAAUGACACAGAUGUGUGAUACACCCUUAGAAUUACACAGAUGUGUGAUACACCCUUAGAAUUACACAGAUGUGUGAUACACCCUUAGAAUGACACAGAUGUGUGAUACACCCUUAGAAUGACACAGAUGUGUGAUACACCCUUAGAAUUACAAAGAUGUGUGAUACAUCCUUAGAAUGACACAGAUGUGUGAUACACCCUUAGAAUGACACAGAUGUGUGAUACACCCUUAGAAUUACACAGAUGUGUGAUACACCCUUAGAAUGACACAGAUGUGUGAUACAUCCUUAGAAUGACACAAAUGUGUGAUACACCCUUAGAAUGACGCAGAUGUGUGAUACACCCUUAGAAUGACGCAGAUGUGUGAUACACCCUUAGAAUUACACAGAUGUGUGAUACACCCUUAGAAUUACACAGAUGUGUGAUACACCCUUAGAAUGACACAGAUGUGUGAUACACCCUUAGAAUUACACAGAUGUGUGAUACACCCUUAGAAUGACACAGAUGUGUGAUACACCCUUAGAAUUACACAGGUGUGUGAUACACCCUUAGAAUUACACAGAUGUGUGAUACAUCCUUAGAAUGACACAGAAGUGUGAUACACCCUUAGAAUGACACAGAAGUGUGAUACACCCUUAGAAUGACACAGAUGUGUGAUACACCCUUAGAAUUACACAGAAGUGUGAUACACCCUUAGAAUGACACAGAAGUGUGAUACACCCUUAGAAUUACACAGAUGUGUUAUACACUCUUAGAAUGACACAGAUGUGUGAUACACCCUUAGAAUGACACAGAAGUGUGAUACACCCUUAGAAUUACACAGAAGUGUGAUACACCCUUAGAAUGACACAGAAGUGUGAUACACCCUUAGAAUUACAAAGAUGUGUGAUACAUCCUUAGAAUGACACAGAUGUGUGAUACACCCUUAGAAUUACACAGAUGUGUGAUACACCCUUAGAAUUACACAGCUGUGUGAUACACCCUUAGAAUGACACAGAUGUGUGAUACACCCUUAGAAUGACACAGAUGUGUGAUACACCCUUAGAAUGACACAGAUGUGUGAUACACCCUUAGAAUUACACAGAUGUGUGAUACACCCUUAGAAUUACACAGAUGUGUGAUACACCCUUAGAAUGACACAGAUGUGUGAUACACCCUUAGAAUUACACAGAUGUGUGAUACACCCUUAGAAUUACACAGGUGUGUGAUACACCCUUAGAAUUACACAGAUGUGUGAUACAUCCUUAGAAUGACACAGAUGUGUGAUACACCCUUAGAAUUACACAGAUGUGUGAUACACCCUUAGAAUUACACAGAUGUGUGAUACACCCUUAGAAUGACACAGAUGUGUGAUACAUCCUUAGAAUGACACAAAUGUGUGAUACACCCUUAGAAUGACGCAGAUGUGUGAUACACCCUUAGAAUGACGCAGAUGUGUGAUACACCCUUAGAAUUACACAGAUGUGUGAUACACCCUUAGAAUUACACAGAUGUGUGAUACACCCUUAGAAUGACACAGAUGUGUGAUACACCCUUAGAAUGACACAGAUGUGUGAUACACCCUUAGAAUGACACAGAUGUGUGAUACACCCUUAGAAUGACACAGAUGUGUGAUACACCCUUAGAAUGACACAGAUGUGUGAUACACCCUUAGAAUGACACAGAUGUGUGAUACACCCUUAGAAUGACACAGAUGUGUGAUACACCCUUAGAAUGACACAGAUGUGUGAUACACCCUUAGAAUGACACAGAUGUGUGAUACACCCUUAGAAUGACACAGAUGUGUGAUACACCCUUAGAAUGACACAGAUGUGUGAUACACCCUUAGAAUGACACAGAUGUGUGAUACACCCUUAGAAUGACACAGAUGUGUGAUACACCCUUAGAAUGACACAGAUGUGUGAUACACCCUUAGAAUGACACAGAUGUGUGAUACACCCUUAGAAUGACACAGAUGUGUGAUACACCCUUAGAAUGACACAGAUGUGUGAUACACCCUUAGAAUGACACAGAUGUGUGAUACACCCUUAGAAUGACACAGAUGUGUGAUACACCCUUAGAAUGACACAGAUGUGUGAUACACCCUUAGAAUGACACAGAUGUGUGAUACACCCUUAGAAUGACACAGAUGUGUGAUACACCCUUAGAAUGACACAGAUGUGUGAUACACCCUUAGAAUGACACAGAUGUGUGAUACACCCUUAGAAUGACACAGAUGUGUGAUACACCCUUAGAAUGACACAGAUGUGUGAUACACCCUUAGAAUGACACAGAUGUGUGAUACACCCUUAGAAUUACACAGAUGUGUGAUACACCCUUAGAAUGACACAGAUGUGUGAUACACCCUUAGAAUGACACAGAUGUGUGAUACACCCUUAGAAUGACACAGAUGUGUGAUACACCCUUAGAAUGACACAGAAGUGUGAUACACCCUUAGAAUUACACAGAUGUGUGAUACACCCUUAGAAUGACACAGAAGUGUGAUACAUCCUUAGAAUUACAAAGAUGUGUGAUACACCCUUAGAAUGACACAUAUGUGUGAUACACCCUUAGAAUGACACAGAUGUGUGAUACACCCUUAGAAUUACACAGAUGCGUGAUACACCCUUAGAAUGACACAGAUGUGUGAUACAUCCUUAGAAUGACACAGAUGUGUGAUACACCCUUAGAAUGACACAGAUGUGUGAUACACCCUUAGAAUGACACAGAUGUGUGAUACACCCUUAGAAUGACACAGAUUGCUUUUAAUAAUGUUUAUAAUCAUUUAUUUUAAUUUCUUUAAAAACAAUAAUAAAUCUUACAAAAAUUUAAAUUAACAAAAAUGUGUACAUUCUGUCAAUCACUCCCAAUGAAAUAUCUUGUUAUUGUUAUUUAUAACCAGUUAAUCACAGGCAACAUUACUGGAGCUGUUGAUUGUGUGGAACUGGAUGUGAAGGCCAAACACAGAUGCCAUGUGAGUUGUGUUUAUGUGAUUGACUUGGGCAAUUGUGCCAAAGUAGAUAUAGGCACACUCUAAUUUAUUAGUAAACAUAAUGAGAUUGAUGACACAAUGCAGUUAAUAAAUAGGAGCACUGAUAAAUCAAUCAAUUGUAUUUUACAUGAGUAAAAUUAGUUUAUAAAUUAAACUUAAGAUAAGACCUUGAGUAGCAUAAUGUGAACAAGUUAAUAUUAUAACAGUAGUUCCUGCUUCCAAGAUUUGUCAGCCAUUUUUAACACAACCCUGGUCUGAACAUUUAUUUAAUGCUUAUCUAUUUACAGAAAGGCUGCAAGCUCAAGUUUGGCAAUAGGUCACAUCUCUUUUGGCACUUGCUAGAGGACCACAACAUCACCACCAUGACCUGAGACCAACGAUAGGUCACAUCUCUUUUGGCACUUGUUAGAGGACCACAUCACCACCAUGACCUGAGACCAACAAUAGGUCACAUCUCUUUUGGCACUUGUUAGAGGACCACAACA